AUGUCGUCCAAUCAUUACUGGGACACGGCAUUCGUCCUUGCAACGGUUGUAUUCUGCCUUCUGUACCGAACAAUCGGUGUACUUGCUCAGUGUUUCUUCCUAAACAAAUUCCGUCACAAAAAGUUUACAAAGAUCGAUCAACUCAUUCUAUCUUACGGAGGCCUUCGUGGUGCGAUCGCUUUCGGUCUGGCGAUUUCAAUUCCAUCAACAAUUAUGGCGAGGCAGAUGUUCAUCACCACAACGAUAGUCGUGAUUUUCUUCACUGUAUUCCUGCAGGGAAUCACUAUUCGUCCACUUGUCAACUACCUGAACGUGGAAACAAAGGAAGAUCGUCAUCCAACGAUGACCGAAAGCGUCUACAACAAGCAUUUAUUAUCGGCUGCUAAAGAAGAACAUCGUGGGGGAAAAAUGCUAACUAUUUCAAACACAUCAUAUGUGCGAUAA